AUGGAGCCAAAAUCUCAGUACACACUCACUGCAGCUGACGCAUACCUUCUGGAUAAUUGGGAUUCUAAUUUUAAAACCACCCCUGAUAGGCAACGAGAGGGAAUUUUCUCGGAAUACGCCGACGAGGAGAUGGAGAAACGCUUGAGUUAUAUGGCACGGAAGAGAGAAUAUCUCGAGGACAAAUUCCCAGGUGAUCGAGAGCAGGAGCUGAAAUCUUGGGAAAUCUUGAGCCAAACUCGCAAAUACCGAAUCGAUAUACAACAUCUUCUUCCUCUUACCGGGCUGAUAUUAUAUCGCACUUGGUAUCACCCAGACUCCGACGUCAGCUAUGCGCAUAUCGCGGCCGCUCUCGCUUGCACGAGCCUUCCUCCGGCAACUACAGAUUCUGAAGACAACACUAAAGAGCUUGAAUGGGAGACGCUCUUCACUGUUUUACCAGAGCUUCUUGAAUUACCGCAGUGGGAUGCGAUCAACUAUUCUCUCACUGCAGAGGCUGCCAGAGAGGAAGUUUCCACUUUCAGGAAGGAGAUACAGCGGCUCUUGAACGAUACUAAUUUAAAUGUCUUUGGAGCCAAAUCCGAGGGCGAGAGCGAAAGUGUUCAACUCGGCGAAUUCGGAAUGCCGCAUGCGUUUUGGAUGAAAUGGACAGAUUCCUUUCAUGGGGCUCUCGUCGUUGGUACAAUUGCCCUAUUUGACAAGGAGGCUGCCUUGUCGGGGAAAUUCCGGUUUAUCUGGUUUGACGAUAAUGGAUUUGUGGUGCGGGAAGCGCGUGUCUGGUUUGAGCAGGUAUCAGAGCUGGCUGCGUUCAGGUACGGGGAGUCUUUGCAGAAUCCUGACUUCCUGGCAUUCUGGAAUGACCCGAGUAAGGUGACUAUUGGGCUUCGGUAUGCUUUUAAUGCUCGGGUAUGA